CUCCCCGGGGCCCCUCUCCUGCGGGCCCCUGCUGGCUGCCCGGAGAGCGCCCAUGCGGACCCUGUUCUUCCUGGCGGGGUGGGGGCGGCCCUGGCCCGGGACCGGCUGCAGCCGACCACGCUCCGACCUGACCGCCGGGCGCCCGGAAAUUCCAAGGAACCCGGUGGCUUUAGUUCUUCGGCGGAACAGAGUGCGACAUGGGAAAGAAAACCAAGCGGACAGCUGACAGUUCUUCUUCGGAGGAUGAGGAGGAAUACGUCGUGGAGAAGGUGCUAGACAGGCGUGUGGUUAAGGGGCAAGUGGAAUAUCUGCUCAAGUGGAAAGGCUUUACCGAGGAGCACAAUACCUGGGAACCCGAGAAAAACCUGGAUUGCCCCGAGCUAAUUUCUGAGUUUAUGAAAAAGUAUAAGAAGAUGAAGGAGGGAGAAAACAACAAACCCAGGGAGAAGGCAGAAAAUAAUAAGCGGAAAUCCAAUUUCUCCAACAGUGCUGAUGAUAUCAAGUCCAAGAAAAAGCGAGAGCAAAGCAAUGAUAUUGCAAGGGGCUUCGAGAGAGGACUGGAGCCAGAGAAGAUCAUCGGGGCAACGGAUUCCUGUGGUGACUUAAUGUUUCUAAUGAAAUGGAAAGACACGGAUGAAGCUGACCUGGUCCUGGCGAAGGAAGCAAAUGUCAAAUGCCCACAGAUUGUGAUAGCGUUUUAUGAAGAGAGACUGACGUGGCACGCAUACCCCGAGGAUGCAGAAAACAAAGAGAAAGAAGCAGCCAAGAGCUAAAGGGGAGGGGCGCUGUCUUUUCUCUUUGUAUAUAAUCCGUUUACCUUCCCGCCUCCUUCCCUCCUCCCACCCCCUCUAUCCUAAACACAUCCAUAAAAAACGUGCUUAUCACUGUGUUCCACAGGAGAAAUGUUGGUAUUGGUUCUCUUGUAAAAUAACUGAUGGUCUGAUUCAUGAUACGUGUCUCUCCGUGAAGACCAGGCAUCCACAUGCUGUAUGUAACCCCCUCCCUCCGGUUUUUUUUCCUCUGCCCUGACCUCUCCCUUCUGCUCCCCUGUGACCUCUAACUUUUUACUCACCUUCAAGUCUUGAUCUUUUCAGAACCGGUCACUUUUUAGAUUGGGAGAUUUUGUUACAGUGAUGAUGAAUUUGGUUCCUUGAGUUGGUUACUAGAACUUGUUGACGACCUGCUGGCCUUUGUCUUAGAUUGUCGGGACGGAAAAGAGGCUGCCCCUCUUUUCCAAA